AUGGAUACCUCCGACCUCUCUGAGCAAGUAUUCUCCUUAAUUGAAGAGCUCCAGGAGAUGAGCAGGUCUGACCAAUUUGACCGGAAGCUCAUUGAUGCUAAAAUUAAUGCCUUUCAUAACUGCAAAAACAAAAUAUUUAGUUUAGACCAUUCUGAUAUGGUUGUCCAAGGUAAAUUGUUGCAAUUACUUUUAGAAAAUCUUGAACUUUACAGAAUUUUGAUCAACGAAAUUAUUGAGAAAAAAUUCGGUGUUCCGACCUUCAUGCAGUUUAUGAUACAAAGACCUGAAGCUCCUAAGGAAGAGAAUAAGGAAGACUCCUAUAUGACUUCAGAAAUAAUAGGACCUAGCUCUUAUGAAUUAUUAGAAUUCCUUCAUUUGUUCUGUAAUGGGAUGACACAAGAGAACAAGUUCUAUUGUCUGAAUUGAUUCUGAUUGAACAAUUUCUUUUAUUUAGGAAUUUUAAGACAGUUUAUCCUACACAGAAGAAACUUAGACCCAACAAUAACCUUGGUGUUUGACUUCCAUUUGAUGCUAUUCUAUUUCAGAAUUCUUACACUGAAUGAAACGAAACAACUAGAAGAAAAAGAAAAAUUCUUGGAGUGUUUAGCCCAAAUCAUCAAAGAUAUCUCUUUUAGCCUUUACGAAAAUUUGGAUACUGACUCAAAACUUUCCAGCUAUCAUUGCUUGAUGUUGUAUAUUCUAUAUUUGUUGUUAAUCUGGCUCUUCCAGUUCAACUUUGAAUUCAUUCCGAAGGUCAAAGCAAUUAUAAAGAAGCACGAGGACUAUAAGAUCAAUAGAUUGUUCAUGAUAGCUCUGUAUAUCCCCAAUGAAGAUACUAAUGGCAGAGAUUCUUUUUGGAUAUACUUCAACAAAGCUAUCAAAUAUUGUCUCAAGGAUAUGAAUAUCAUCGUUUCUCGAACCAUUUUAGCACAACUAGGUCUUUCACAUCCAAAAUGGACAAUUCAGGAAGGCUUUUUGCACUCUAAAAUAAGAGUUUAUCCUUUGAAAUCAGAGAUAGAUCAGAAUAAAGAAGAUAAAGCGAGGAAUGCCUCAUUUCUUCUGUUUACUAAAGGAGAGAAAACCGAAAUCAAUCUAACCAACUCUAACCAUAAAAAGCAAAUCACUAUUUGUAUCGAAGAAGUUCCUCUAGUCAAAAUUAUAAUGAAGAGUCUGUAUUCUCAUCAGGCCAGGAACUUGAUAAACGAGGAUAUUUUGAUCAAGAGACCUCUUGAGGCAGACCUUGUACUUUACAAUUACUCGAUGAUAUUGAAGAACUUGGUAUUUGUGUACCAGGACUGGUACAGACAAUAUUAUGGAAUUAAGAAGCAUCCUUCAUACCUUUCACACAAAGACCUUGAAGAUUCAGGAGAGUCAACCAAGACUCUAAUAGACUUCAUCAAAUGUGUCAAGAAAUGCUUUAGGAAAGCCUUGAAACAUGGCAACGACAUCAACAAUCUCUUUAGUAUGAUAGAGUCAUACAUUGAUCUCAGAUUUAUAGCCUAUAAGAAACUGUUUGGAGAGAAUGCAAACGAGAUCUCUGAGAAUACGAGGAAGAAUAUAUUCACUGCUAAUGAAGACUUGUUCACUUGCCUUCAUGGUCUCGAUCUUUCCUAUGAUGAACUCACCAAACUCCUUAUUGAUGAUAACGAGGAUGAAGACAUUGAUGGUAAUAUUAACUCUGAAGAGUUAGAGAACAAGAAUGAUAUUGGAGUAGACCAACUUGAGAAUAGCUCCUGGACAUCUAAAAUCGCUAUUAUUUACUAUAUUUUGCAUCACAAUGAAAUCCAGAUGAAAUGGAUCAAGACUGAGAAGUCCAAUGCAUUCUUUGGGGGUGUUGAAGUUAACGAAAUCGAGAUCCAGAGAUUUAAAGAGCUAAAUAUAAGAGAAAUUCUUGACUUUACAGAGAAGCAUUAUAGCAAAGUUCCUCUAGAGAGCAGUAAAGAAAUAAAAGAGAGUAUUUAUUCGAAGAUAUUGAAGCUCUGUACUUUCCAAGUUCCACAGUACUUUAGUACCCAGGUCUUGUUAAUUACAGAAUUUUUGAAGAAGAAUGAGGAUAAGAAGUUAGUAAGACUAUCAAGAAGGACGGACCUUCAAUCAGCUUUAGAGUCAUUAAUUCUUGACGAGAAUUCAAGCCAAAUUUAUGUCUACAACCUUCAUUUAUCUGAGAGACCAUCUUCAACUGCUAUCAAAGUGAUAAGGUUCUUUGGAAGGAGAUAUAGAAGGUUCAAAAUUAGAUAUGACUAUGAAGCAUUCUUCAACUUUUACCAAGACUAUGGAGUAUUCCACAUCCUUUUCUCUGAGAGCUUCCAAAACCAACUGUUUGGAAACCUAAAGAAGGAGAAAAAGCUGACUUCUUUGUCCUGUUUCAACUUUAAUCUAUCAGAAUGUGUACUCAAGAACGAGAGACUUAUUAGAAUCUGGUGUGAUUGCAUCACUGUGUUGCUAGGAGUUGAAUAUCAUCAAACUCUCAAAAAGAUCAGCCAGUUUGAAGGUCAUAAAGAUGAUAUCAGAAUGAGCCAAUCCAUUACAGUUCUUCAAAAUGAAUGGACUCUAUACAAAUGUCUGAUCAUUCAAUGAAUGCUGGAUGUCAUCAUUCUUGCCAAAACAGAGAUUAAGGAAGAGAAUCAGGUUGAAAUGAUCACUAGAAUUCUAUGUGAGAAAAUAAAUGAUACUUUGGUAGACGAUAACACUGAUAUUAUCAAACUUUUAAUCCAUCAGGCCUUUCCUAUUGAACUUGCUGAUAUUCUAAUUGAAAGGGUUGAGAUCUUCCAUGUUUCUAUCAACUUUAUAGAAGAGUUCCUUCUAAACUCUCUUAACGAUCUUGAGCCAAUCUUCCAGGAACAGAUUGAGGAGAAAAAGGCAGAAGAGCCUAUCUUAUUCAAAGAAAACACAUUUGAUUUUCAACCUGAGCAUUAUCGUUCAAUAUAUCGCACAGUGUUUUUGCUACGCAUUUUAGCAAAACUAAGCGAAAAAUUUAGCUUGGAGAUGCUCCAGGACAUAGCAAUUAAUUUCUUCACACAGGCUAAAAAGUACUUACCAAUCCUAUCAGAAACAGAGAAAGAUGACCCAAAAUUAGCAUUCCUUGUCAAAGAGUUUAACAAGUCAUGUAAAAUACUAGUGGAUAGUUUUGAAGACUUAAAGAAUGUAGUCCCCCUAAAUUCAGAAUAA